AUGUCGGAUUUGCAAAAUAAUGACCGAACAAUAGCCCUUACUAAAGAAUUCAAGAAAAUGAAGCCACCGCUGUUCCACGGAGGUGUGGACCCACUGAAGGCUGAAGCUUGGGUCCGUGGUAUUGAGAAGUUAUUCGAAGUGUUCCUAUGCCUUGAGACACGGAAAGUACAAUUGGCCACCUGUACAUUGGAAGAUAAAGUAAGGAGGUGGUGGAUGCUAAUCCAUGAUAAUAACAAGGGUAUUAGCUGGAUACAGUUUCUUGCACUCUUUUAUGAGAAAUAUUUCCUACAGUGUGUCCGUGAUAGAAAGGUGUCGGAAUUUGAAGGAUUGAAGCAAGGCAAUAUGACUGUAGCUGAGUAUGAGACCAAGUUCACUGAAUUGGCUAGAUUCGCUCCACAUAUGGUCGACACUGACUACAAAAAGGUGAGAAAGUUUGAAAAUGGUCUUCGUAAUGACAUCUUGGAAAGGGUGAAUGUGUUAAAAUUGCCCACUUAUGUUGAUGUGCUAAAUCGAGCUUUGAUGUCAGAAACUAACAUGGCCAACCAAUGUAAGCCACCAAAUGACUGGAAGGCUAAGAGGCAAGACUUUUUCUCGGGGAAGAAAUCAUCAAAGAAACAAAACACGGGGUCCUCAAGCACUUUGCGCUCCAUUAGAAAUACGGCACCAACAUGUACUCAAUGUGGUAAGAAGCAUCGCGGGGUUUGUUAUCGUAUUUCUGGGGCAUGCAAUAGAUGCAGUGAAAUGGGGCAUAUGGCAAGGGAUUACACCUGA